AUGUGGCAGGAAGUGUACAGUAGGGAUCAACCUCUGUCAAAUAAGACCACUAGUAAAGGUGAAAGUAAAUCCCAUGCUAUUGGACCCGAAUCCAACGCUUCUUCUGGUCUCUGGUGGCGUAAGGCUGUUAGUUAUAACAACCGUAUUACUACUGAUGUCCGUUUUUCCUUUGCUCUGCCAAUGGCAAACCGAAUCGAUCAGUGUGCAGUGCGUUGUCCUCUUGACGAUAACAUUUUCGCUCUCACUUUUAAUUUACAACAUUCCGGUCUUCAUUCUGACUGUUUACGGCAGGGCUCUCCCAACAGGCCUACCUCUGAGCAAGCGGAACAUAUUAUGCUCAUCACUCGCGCGGCCUGUAACGUAUACCUUAACCGGCUCCAAGAAAACCUCUUUUCGACUGAUCCCAAUUCUCCUGUUCCUUCCGCACUAUUGUCAAAUACAUCAAAUGAACUCAUUACAUAUAACAUGGAUGAACACUCUACUUUGUGUAAUUUGAGUACUGAAAAUAUAGUAAGCAUAUUUUCCAACCAACUGAAUAAGUUAAAAGAAAAAACCACUGAAAAUGUCCCAAAUAAUGAACCGAUUCCACGAUUGAAAGUUGCUAGCUAUGGAGAAGUAUUAACAACCACAGAAGUUUUAAAAAGAUUAGAAAAAGCUCAAUCUAAGAAAAAUUAUAAAAAACCAACAUCAAAACGCGGCAGGCCAAAGAAAAAUAUAAAUAUAAGACAACCAGAAAUGGCAACAACAAAAGGCAUCAACAAAAUACAUAUUAGUGAAGACGAAGAAGAUGAAGAAAACUGCAUUUCAUCAGACUCAUCAUAUGAUGUGAAUGACACUCCAUUUGAUAUUGAUGUGGAAGAAGUUGAGUAUCAACAACCACAAUGGUCUCUUAUUCUUUCAGGCACGUUCAUUUUGGUUGAUUUUGUAGGAGGCAUGCGUAAAAAGCAACAUUUUAAAUAUGUUUGUGUAGUUGAAAGUGUUGAUGACGAAGAUGGAGAAAUUAUAGCAAAAGGAAACUAUGUUGGAGAUGAAUACUCAAUCAAUGAAAAUGACAUCACAACUAUUGAUUUGGAAAUGAUAUAUGAUAUUAGCAAUAUUGCCAGUUCCACAAAUUAUAAUGAAAGGGCAAAAAAUGAUAUACAAAUUUCCUGGUUAUGUAACCAUUAA